AUGGCUACCCCCAGUGUCCUCACUUUUGAUGUUGAGGGCCGUGCCGUUGACUUUCAGGUCUUGGUCGAUGACCUCCAGCUGUUUCUUCAGUGCGAUAGGGCAGACGGCCUCUCCAUGUUUGACCUCACUUCGGGUGCCUCUCCUGCCCCUGCUGCUGAUGCUGACGCCAGUGUUCGCUCACAGUGGGCCACGCGCGAUGCUGCUGCUCGCCUUGCUGUGCGCCGCCACUUACCAACCACUGAGCGUGCACACUUUAGCCAGUACAAGAGUGCUCAGACCUUGGACCACUUCCUCUCAGUUUGCCCCACCACUCUCACCGUUGACCUCCUCGAGAAGGCCCUCCGAGCGAUAGAGAAGAGCAUAGUUGCUGUAGGAGCCUCUUGUGGUGACCCUUGCACCCCCGUCUUUGAGGGGUGUUCUCCCUCCCCCAUCUUGCCCUCUGUUGCAUCUACUGCUGUGGCUGACCUUGUUGGUUUCGAGUCGGUCGGCGCUGCGUCUGCCCGAGCGGGAGACGCCGCACAGGCAAGGGCAAGGGGGGCAAGGGCGCUAAAGGGGUUGGAGGGGACGGUGGAGGUGGUGGUGAAGGCGGUGGAGGGAGUGGGGGUGGUGGUGGGAGUGGUGCCGGGGGUGGCGGCGGUGGCGGCAGCAGUGGAGGCGGCGGAGGCGGUGGAGGUGGCGGAGGGAGCGAAGGCGGCGGAGGUAGUGGAGGAGGUGGAGGUGGAGGAGGCAGCGGAGGCGGCGGUGGUGGAGCGGGUCGCGACUCUCUGA